AUGGCCGUCCCCAUGCCACUGCGCCAUCCCCCCUCGCAAAAGGACAUUCUGCACGCCAACCAGCAGUCCAACCGCACCCUCGCCCCCGCCGCCCCCAUCCCGGUGCCCAACGGCUCCAAUCCCCACCUCGUCUACCAGCACAUCCACGAGCUCGCCUCGAAACGCAUAUCCACGCUCGACUACCUGCGCAAAGCUCACGAGGGCCGGAUAUACUGGUUCAACACGCUGCUCUUCUCCAAAACCGACCUCACCCGCCUCCCCUCGUACACGACGCGCAACCAAGCCCGCCGCGCCACGCACUACCUGCUCCUGGGCUUCUCGCUGCCCACCAUCCUCGACCUCAACGCAAACUCGCCCUCGGACUACCUCAAAGCCCUCAACGCCCUGCUCAUUGAAUUCGAGCAGUACCAGUCCAUCCACCCCCCGGAUGGCUCCACACCCUCAACCCUCAGCCGCGCCCGCCUCCCGCAAAUGUUCAAGCGCGCAAACAUGGGCAUGACCAUGGGCAUGGGAAGCAAAGGCCGCCGAAGCAGCAGCGCAACCGGCGACUUCCCCAUGCUCACCCCCAGCAACAGCUUCACGGGCAACGAGAGCACAAGCAUCGACUCCCCGCCCACCGACGACCUGCUCCCCAACGAAUCCUACACACACCUCCAAACACCCUCGCUGCCCUUUGACCCAGACUUCUUCAGCACUUUUGCUACCCUCUGCGACGUCCUCAUCGACUGCUACACCCGCAUCCUCUCCAUGCUCAGCACCCCCGAAAGCGUCACCAUGGCUGGCGGCGGCGCUCCCAGCCUCGUCGGCGACUUGUUCAACAAGGCCGAUACCCGCGUUCGCAAAAUCAUCCUCGCCGGCGUCGUCAAGGAAUUCGAGGAUAGUUGUCGUGCCGGCGUCAAGAGCGAGGUGGGUGGUGUGGGCAAAGUCGUCCUUGGUGGAUUGAUGUGA